AUGACAGAGACUCAUCAUGCCCCACUCCCAGAUGAGUAUCCUUCUUCUAGGCAGCCAACCUCCUCUACCUAUUCUAGGUAUAAAAAAUUCGUUCUGCCAUUAAUUGGUUUAUUUACGUUGGUUCUUGCGUACACCACCAACGUUGCCAAACCUGUCUCAAAUUCCACUUUUCACGUUCCUGCCUCUCCACAAUGUAAAAAACCCCAAGCAUAUCGUCCAUCGUUUAACAAGUCUGUGAAUUUGAUUCUGAACGAUAAGCAAUUUAAAAUAGACUCAAUAAAAAAGUUGUCUGGCGCGAUUCAAAUUCCUACAGAAAUUAAUGACACAAACCCGCUUCCAGAUGAUGACCUAGAGUACUAUUCAGAGUUUUUCAAACUUCACAAAUAUUUUGAAGAGACUUUUCCUCUUGUUCAUUCUCAUUUAAAGGUAGAAAAAGUCAACCAAUUGGGCCUGAUAUAUACAUGGGAAGGUACAGAUCCGAGUUUGAAACCAAUAUUAUUUAUGGCGCAUCAAGAUGUGGUGCCAGUUAAUAGGGAAAUAUGGGAUUCUUGGCAGUAUCCACCAUUCUCGGGUUACUAUGAACAAGAAACGGAUUAUGUUUGGGGUCGCGGCUCCAAUGAUUGUAAGAAUCUAAUGCUCGCUGAAUUAGAAGGUAUAGAACAACUACUUACCGAUGGUUACCGGACUAAAAGGACUGUUAUAUUAUCUAUGGGCUUUGAUGAGGAAUCGAGCGGUUUUAUGGGCGCUAAAGCCUUGGCGCCAUUUCUAUUGGAAAGGUACGGUCCGGAUAGCAUGUUUUCCAUUAUUGAUGAAGGUGCUGGGCUCUUAAGACUGGAUAAAAAUCUCUACAUUGCAGCUGCUGUAAAUGCAGAGAAGGGCUACGUCGAUGUUAGGAUUGCUGUUCAUGGCCAUGGUGGUCAUUCAUCAGUACAACCUGACCAUACUACGAUUGGUGUCGCAUCAGAGUUGAUAUUUAUGAUGGAAAAUCACCCAUUUGAGUAUGAUUUCUCACUUGAUAACCCUAUCUAUGAUGUAUUACAAUGUGCCGCUGAGCACUCAAGUUUUUUGCCACCACAUGUCAGAGAGGCAAUCUUAAAAGCGCCUGUGGAUGAAAGUAAAAGGAAGGUUUUGACGGAGUUUGCUGCAUCGCACCCUGACAUUCGUGACCUAAUAAGAACAACUAGAGCAAUUGACGUCAUCAACGGCGGUGUCAAGGCUAAUGCGUUGCCAGGAUUGACCAGCUUUAUUGUUAACCAUAGAGUGGAUAUCCAUUCAUCUGUGAACGAAACUAUAGAAAAUGAUUUGUACUGGGCCAGAGUUAUUGCUGAAAAGCAUGGCUAUGGUUUGACUUUCCAUGACGAAGUUAUCAUCCCGGAAACUAAACUUGGUCACAUUUCUUUAGCAAGUGAAAAAAUGUUAGAACCAGCCCCAGUAUCGCCAACUGCAGGGCAUGUUUGGGAAAUUUUUGCAGGUACUGUUCAAAACCUGUUUCAAAACGAAAUUCUGGCUGAGCAGAAAGAUGCUGACGUUUACGUUACGGGUGGUUUGUUUUCUGGUAAUACCGACACCAAGUAUUACUGGGGAUUAAGCAGAAACAUUUAUAGGUUCGUUGCAGGUAUCUUUCCAUUUGACCAACUAAGGACAAUACAUUCUGUUAAUGAACAUAUUUCAGCAUCUUCACACGUGUCAGCAGUCGCAUUUGUCUAUGAAUAUAUCGUGAACGUCAAUGAAUACGGCCAUGAUUAA